AUGGAAUUAGAAGACUUAAAACAACAAUUUGAUGUAUAUCUAGAAAUUGUUGGAGAUGAUGUAGAACAAGUUGGAGAAAAUGAAUGGCAAACUACGAUUGAAGAUGAACAUCAUUCAAAUAUUAGUAUAAUUCUUACAUUUAAAUUAGAUGAAAGUAAGUUGCCAUAUUUCACAAGUUCAAUAGAACUACCACCAUUUUCUGAUUUUAUUGAUUUUGAUAGAUUUAAAAUGAAAAAUAAUGAGAUGAUUUCGAAUUUCUUAGUUGAUGAAGAAUCACCAUUCUUUAAUUUAUAUACUACACUUAAAACAUUAAUAGAAGAAUGGAAUGAUAAACAAGGAGAAAGUAGUUCAUCAUUAUUUGAACGAUUAGAACGAUUUGAUGAAAUACCAAUUCAAGAUUCAACAAACGAAAGUAAAAGUACAACAAAUUAUAGUCAAUCUGUAACUAUAUGGAAAGACUUUCAUUAUGAUACAUUAAGAAUAUCAACAACAAAGAAUAAAUUAGAAGUUAUUGAAAAGAUUCUUGAUGUUCUUAAAACUCCUGAUUAUAAAUAUAUUGAAAAAUAUACUAUUGUACGUUAUUAUAAUGAUGAAAUAUGGUUAAUGAAACCAUGUACAGGAAGUGUUUUAUUUGAUAUAAUAUUUAAUAUUGAUAAUAUUUCACAACCAUUAUCUCAAUUAAUGAAGGCAUUUCAAUAUCUUUAUUGUCAUGGAUUAUUUCAUGGAAAUGUAACAAAAGAAAGUAUUGUUUAUACACCAUCAUCAAAUGUUAAUGUUGCAGAUUGGGUUAUAUUAUAUUUAUUAGAAGGGAAUUUAUAUCCAGAUUCUCCUCUUUUAAGAGGAAAUAUUCUCAAAAAAGACUUAGAAGCAAUUGCUUCUUUAAUUGAAGAAACAAUUGGUGGAAUGAAUUUAAGUGUUCAAUUGACUGGAUUUAUUCAAGCAUUAAGAAAUCAUAAUUCAAUUGACUUAACAUCAUUAAUUAAAUUAGCACAACAAAUACCAUCAAUAACAUCAAAUUCAUCUAUGUUUGAAUUAGGAGGAGAAUAUGAAGAGGCAUCAGCAAUAUCAGAAAUGAUUGGAUUUCGAGCAUAUUAUAGAAAUAGAGAUAAUCAAUUUUAUUGUUUCCAAGAUAUUGACUUAACAAGACUACCUGUUCAUAUCGUCCCUGAAGUAAAAACAAGACUAUAUAAAUUUUGUCAAACUCAUAACAAAUAUUUUCAAUAUUACUUUUUUUCUCAACCAAUUUUAAUGGUAAGAAUGUCAAUUACUGAAGUUCCUUUAAAUUGGUAUUUACAACAAAAGAAAUUAUUACAAAAUAAAGAAUUAACACGAAAAUGGUUUAUACGAAUAACAAGUAGUAUUUAUUCAUUACAUCAAGAGUCAAUUGGUCAUGGUUCAUUAUCAUUAAAACAUAUCUUUAUUAAAGAUGAUGAAAUAAAAUUAGCAUUUUUUGAUUUAAUUACACCAAUAUCAACAGUAAUGGCAAAAGAUUUAAUUUCAUUGAAAAAAUUAUGGAUUAUUUUAGGAUGGUAUUAUUUCUAUGAAACUAUGAAAGAAAAUGAAUUAGAGAAAUCAACAUUUUUAAGUAAGUUACAAGUUAUCUUUCCAGAAACAAUUAAUAUUCAAAAAGCAAAAAGUGUAGAAGAAAUAAUGUCUAUAGUUCAAUCAUUUGAUCCAAAAACAAAACAAAUUUUUCGUAAUUUAUUAACAGAACAACCUCUUCUUUUCACAUUAACAGAAUAUUUCAAUCAACAAAAGAAUAUUAGUAAAAAGGUUAAUGAAUAUAAACCAUAUUUUACAACAAUUGAUGAUUUAUAUUGUAAUAAUUGUACUUUUGUUCCUGCUGAUAUAAUUUCAUCAUGUCAAUAUAGUAAAAAUAAUAAUGUUUAUUUAGCUUCAAAUGGAUGUCUCUAUAAAUUUAAUAUAACUCCAAUAUCUAUCACUUGUAAAAAUGCUUCUCCUUUUAUUUAUUCACCUUUUAUCAAAAAUAAAUCAUAUGGAAUUGAAAUGUCAAGUACAAAUAAUGAUCGAAGUACUUUUUCUGAUGUUCUUUUAAAAACAUUAUUUUUAUCAAGGUCAAUGUUAGUUAUGAUAGAUGGUUCAGCAUAUUCACUUCAUUAUAAUUUCCCAACAUAUCUUAUUGAAUUAGCAAAAGCAUUUAAUGUUCAAGUUGAUGUUUGUCAACCAUAUAAUUAUUUAUAUUCUCAACUUAAAAGUUUGUCAGUCACUAUCCCUUUAUUAAAACAAAUAUUAAAUACUAACGAAACAACAAAAUUAAUAAAAUUAAUGAAACUUAAUCCUAAAUUAAAGAAAUUAGAAACAAUUAUUAAAAAUAAUACUAUUUCUUCUCUUCUUGCUAAUGAUGAAAGUUAUUUAUGUUUUGAUGUUUUUUGUAUUGAAUGUAAAUCAAUUAGAACAUGUCCACAUGCAUUUUUAUGUUGUAUUAAGAAUUUAAAUGAUGGUACAAUUGUUGGAUAUGCUACAACCGUUGAUGUCUUAUUAGAACCUGAUUCAUCUAGUCAAUCUUUAUUUUCAACAUAUGAAAAUACUACAUUAAAAUACAUUUCAAAUUCAGUAGAACAAAAAGUAAAUACACCAUUGACUCAACAAAUAACAAAAGAAGAUAUUACUCAACGUACUAGACAACAAUCAUCAUCUAAUAGAAAAGUUGAUUUAAAUUUAUUCAAACAAAAUGAUCUUGUUCAUUCAAAUGAAACACAAAAACUUACUCCAUCUUCUCAAUUAUCAUCAACUCCAUUAUCUGGGUGUUAUUAUCAACUGGAACAACAUCAAGAAUCAAUAAAAGAAAUGAAAGAAACAAGUUAUGGAUUUGUAUGUGAUUUAAUUGUUCAUUCAAUCCAACCAACUUCACAACAUGAAUAUACUUCUCAAAUGAUGAUAGUUUCAAGUAUAAAAAGUGUAGAGCCAUUGAAAUUAGCACGUAAUUUGAGAAGUGAGGGAUUUACAAUCCAAACAUUAUUCAAAGAAGAUAUCAAAAUGGAAGAGGCAAAGAAAAUAAUAAAAGAUUAUAACUGUGAUAAAUUGAUUCUUUUUGAUGGAGGAUUUAAAAUUAUCAAUGAGGAUGAAAUAAUAGAAAUAAAAAAUAUCAAUGAAGUCGUUUUGGAAAUUAAAUCAGGAAAUCCAAUUAAUUUUGAAUAUACAACACUAAACAAAGUAGAUAUUGGAAGUAUUAUGUAUAAUGAAACAUCUAUCAAAGACAUGCAUCCAGAAAUAAUCAAAGCAGUAAUUGUAUCUUUUGAAAAUGAAGAUGCUUUUAUUAAGAAAUGUCCAACAAUCAAAAAGUCUUUUGAGAUAAAUCACAACACAAAAGAUUCACCACAAAUAAUGGUUAUUCUUAAACGAUAUGAUGAGGAAUAUGUUGAAUUUAUUGGAAAGAAGGAGAAGAAGAAAAAGAAAUAA